AUGGCAUUCCUCUCUGCGGCUGGCACUCGAGGAACCACAGGGCACUCCAUACAGAGCAAGUCAUGCGAAGGGGGCCAGUCCAAGAUCGUACUGUUCCUCUACAAAGAUAAUAGACGCUCUCAACGGCUAGGCGCCACUCUCUUUCUGAGUUAUUCCAGCUUCUUCAUGAUUUCGUGCCGCGGUGAACAAACAAAAAAGAAGGCCGUCUCAGCGGAAGGAGAAGGACCUGCAACGGCAGAGACUACUGACCCUCUUCUUGUUCUUAGCCGUCUAUUACGAGUCCGGGAAGCCUGGAAUCAUAAAUAUGAGGGAUCCAGAAGGGUGGGCAGGGCGUUAGCAAGCUUGCUGCUCGCUUUCUCGCUUCCGAGAGGUGCUUUAGCAACUCGACUGAAAGGAGAGGGCCGAAGGCGCCUGACUUACGGUUUCAAAGCCUGGCGCGAAGCGAAGGGAUUGGAUUUCACCUAUGAUCAGAUUAGUGGGCAACCAUUGUUGACUUUUUUCGUGGUGUUGUUGACGUUGUUGAAAGCUAAUUUCGAAGUAGGCCUUGCUUUUCUCCGCUGGGAGCAGCUCACACUAUGGUGGAGGAGGUGCCGUGAAGAUCUAGGAGUAUCUAUCGUCGUAGAAGCUGUUCCUAGUCUCAUCUCGAUGUUCGUUCCUAUACCAUCAUUUGCUGUCGCAGCAAUGGACGCCCCCCUCCUGGUUGAGUCAAUGCUCCCAUCCCCAAAUCGGUCCUCGUCUGAGGAUUCAUUUGGGCUGAGAGUCCUUUGCGAACCAUGGCCUAUUAUCCCCGAUCUGGGAUUAGAGUCUUCCAUUGUAAAUCGAAUUCGAGUACUGGAAGCCGCUAAUUCCCCCUUUCUGCUUGGAAAGGCAAAAGGGGAAUAUUGGGCAGAGAUAAAAGAAUCUCUAAGAAAUUCUUCUUACCAAAGGGAGUAUUAUAGGGGUCUUGAUUUCGAAAAUCGAGAUCUACUAAUACGGGAACGUAAACACUCAUGUUAUGAAGUGUUUCGGGAAAUCCUUUUAAGGAACCCUUCUUUGGAAGAAGCGGCGGCCUACCCUCCUCAAGAAAACUUUAUUUCCUUCUUGAACGAGAAGCGGGACGCCCUAGACGUUUCCCACCCCGGGCACAGCCCGGCGGAAGUAGACCGUCUGGAGAUCUUAUUUCUAAAGGAGGUGGAAAAAGACCUUGUCAAAAAUGGGAGCGGAUCGAUCCAUAUCAUUGGAAAUUUGAAUUGAGAUCAUUUUUUUCGGCAGAUCAAAAUAUGGUGCAGAAAAACCCAAAUCGAUAUGAAUGGAAGAUGCCUCUGGAACUAGUAUAUCGGUCAGUCGAUGGAACAAUCACAACGUUACGCCCCAAAAUCAAACUAUAUGGAGCCGUUACGAAUGACCAUAAUGGAGUCUACUACACACUAGCCAAGAAAGAGUGUAUUUUACUCACUUCGCCCGUUGAUGAUCCAAUUCCAUCCAUUCAUUCAUUCAUUAUUAUUAUACGAAAUAUCACUUUUUCAGGCUAGUUUGUUCCGAGUAGGCAUUCCAUCCCGACGAGGUAUUGUUAGCUAGGAGACGGGGAUUCCUUAUCUGUCUGUCAAGUAGAGUUCCCCUUCUCCGUCUGCAAGGUUUGUUUGUUCCUUGAUGUGUUAGUUAGCAAGCGAAGCGAUCUUCCUAAGUAAGCAAGCUGUAGUGAGCGAGUGCCUACCGCGUUGUGCGUAUGCAUCUACUGAGGUAAGGCACGAUUGAGCGGCUAAGGGUUGCUGCUAGCGCAUUCUAAAGAGUAUUCCUUCUCUUUGUUCGGAGUAGCUUGAUGAGAAUAGGCUGCUAGCGAAGCGUCCUUAUGCGAGCAAGCUGUAGAGAAGGAGUGGCUGUCGGGGGCAGUUACGACUGAUCGGCUAGCUGUCUUGUUGCUAGAGCGCAGUAAAGAAUACCUCUCCUGCCGGAAUCAUAAACUCCAGGUUCUUCGGCUGUUUCAGGAGCUGCAGAAAGGGAUGCUUUAGCUGUUGAGGCGAAGAAGGGAAUUGAGGUAAGGCUGGCAUAAGAGAAUGGAGUUACUGAGCUUACUGAGCUAAUGGCCUAGAAGUAAGUGGAGUUAAGACAGCUCGUAACAGUAUCGGAAUACAAUAGAAUCCCUUCUUUACUUACCUAUAGGCGAGUGACCACUGAACGAUAAGAACAAAGCCACUUUCAGCUAUAACCGGAGUGAAAUGAGUUCUAUAGGCCUUAGCCGGAACACUUUCUAACUAACUGUUAGCCAGUGAAGUGAUUGCUAGGAGUGAUCACGAACGAAGGAUGAAUAGAGGCGUAGUCUAUAGCCGGCAUAAGCUGUAACAGGAGUUCGAGUUUGAGUUACUCCAAGAACUACAGGGAAUGCCAUAGUAGAGCUAAAGCCAAUAGCCGUAGCAGUGAAAGCUGUCUAUCAUAAGGUAGGAAAGGUCCUCUUGCUCUAGCAGUCAACGAAUCGGAAUCGGAAAGGGACGAUCUUGUUACUGGUUCAAUACCAUAAAGGGAAUAAGUUGAGGAAUCUACAUAUGAAAUAGUUCCAAUAUCGGCACAAAGAUAAGGCGUUUCUCGGCAGGAAAUGGUGUAACAUCAGAGUGAAUAGUUUCUGUAGCUGGUAACUCAUUCACCUCUCCUUUCAGUCGAGUCACUCCGUGCCUCUCCAGCUUCUCCGAGCUAUCUAUCUCAAAUUCAUUUACUUUACUUACGAAGCCAGUCUCCUCUAUAAGACUUUCAUUCCCUAGACCUCGUAGGCUGAUGAUUGCCUUGAUUGGCCAACAGUAUCAGUUCAAUCUGGCAUUUCAUCCUUGGCCUUGGUAAGGGUGUACACUAUCAAUGAACCAGUAGUUGCAUUUACAGCAGAAGAUAGAUGGCAUACUUCAAAAGCGGGAGUAGAAGCAAUUGUAUUUUAUGCUACUAGGGCGGCUACUGAAUCAAUUGAUGGAGUUAUAUGGGAAUAAAAAAUCCUCCUUAGAAGUGAAGGGCUUCCCCGCGGUUAUGAGAAUUUCUGGACCGCUUUCACUUUCUGUUCAGCAUUUUAGGUAUCUAUAGACUUUCCUUCUCUGAGGAAGAUCUACUUCUAAUGAUGUAAGUGGUUGAUACCAGGGACAGUGGAAGUGGAAAUGCGAUCCCGGGGCAUUUGAGUGUCUAAGGGCUGUUGGAAAUCUGAAGCUAUGACGGUAGGGGAUAACGGCUAGUUGUGCGUACUAGGUACCUAAAGCGCUUGGGGCAAGCCUUCUAACAUAAUAAUAGAAGUUCCCGGGUCUACUGAAUCAUUUACAAAGUCGACAGUUGAAUUAGACAGGAAAAGAACCAUCUGAAGCUGUUUCGGCUCUAAAUGAAAGAGUAGGACUUUCUCUAGUAGCUUCAAGCAUUCCAGUCGAGUUACUAAAGUACCUCAAAUCACUUGCUUGGAGAGUUCCCAGCGAAGAGUUUUUCCUUUAAUCAGCAGGUCUUGUCAGAGACUUUCUUUAGAUGACAUUUCUCUCACUACCAAUAGUCUCCGCUUCAAAGAAAAGCUUUGAAGGGCUUACCUGCUUUCUGUUCGAGAGUAGGAAUCGACUCUAAGAGCAGAGUCCGCGGCAAACUAGAAGAGUGAAAACUAGAAGAUUAAGAUGGAACAAGUCUUUCUGAAGGCCUGACCUAUCAAUAAAUAGGCUUUUUUUUUCAGAGUGGGAUAUGGAAACUUUUCCUCUGUCUAUUAGACAAAGCGGAAUCCAAUACGAAUUAAGUGAAAAUGAUGGCCAAUUGAAUCAAUAGUGACAUCCACGCACAUAGAAUAGAAAGCAUGGACUAAGAAGGUCUGCAAGCCUUCUUACUCUGCUUCUCAACAUUAGCACGACUACUCCCACUACACAAUACAACGGGUAGAGCCUUUCCAACAUAAGCACUUAUACCACCGGGCUCACCUACACCCCUUGAGGUGAUUCAAGUCGACUUACGACUCUUCAAUCUAUCCGAUACCUUCGUAUCGUCAGAUGAAGUACGCGACCACCAUUCCCGAGGACCAGGGAAUGCCGGUGCUUUUGUGGAUCUGAACCUACAUGAUAGAUCGGUUUCGGGGGAUGCUCAUUCAGGGGAUGAGAGUCCUUUCCUCGAAUUCAUAGCUCAUUGGGAUUCGAACCCAACCACAUACAUAUUUGACUGGAGUGAGACGAUCCUUCUUUUUUCCUUUCGAUAAGAAAAGCUAGGAGUGAGACCAAAGCAGCUUGUCUGCAACAAAUAGACUCAGAAGUGAGUGAUCCAUACCUUGACUGAAAAGCUACCAAUUAGGUCAGUAGCUGGCCGAGUCGCUGAUAGACCAAAUAAGCACAGUAGCAGUUUAGAGCCGAAGGAGCUCUAUUUGGGAUUCUAUAGCCUACGCGCUUGCCUUUACUUUAGGGGAUCGAAGUUGGAUGAAUCUCCAGUGGUUCCUUCCAUCGGCGUCAUCGAACCACGUUAGCAAUCCAGAAUAACUGGAAGCUCGAAACGACCGGUCAAAGGAAUUGAUCCGUUUAGUUCUGUUCUUCUCCUAGUUUUAUAGCACACCCAUGUAGAGGGUUUCCUACGACAUUCCACUUGCGGAAUGGAAUAAAGGCUGGUGCUAGUCUAAAAGACGAAUCCGAACAGAAUCCCCUUAGUAAGAGGCGUUCCUCUCAGUCGAGAGACUGGCGUUCCUCGAGAACCAGACAGACUAGCUAUCUAUCGAUUGUAAAUGGUAUGCGGAUACAGGUCGAAGAAGAUGAACUAUGAGUUGACUGCGUUAAUUAGCUGCCUGCUUCUUGCUUUCGUCCGGUAAGGAUUUCCCGCUUUGCCCUAUGGACACUAAGGUUAGAUACAUCAAAGUUUGAAUGCCUGUAUAGCUAAGAAAUCUGCACUCUGAAACAAAGUUUUUGAUGAAUGAAACUUUCAGGGAAGGGUAAGAAGAUGCUAGAGUAGUUCCGAAGGCUUCUAUUCUAAUAGGGCUGCUUCCUCUUUCUCCCGUUGAGUUGGGCUACCAGUUGUAGAGAACGUAGGACUUCCCGGUAAGCGUAUCCCCGAAGUGUAGCGCAGGGCUGUCCGAGUGAUUAGAUUUCUAAUUGAAUCAAAGCGUCGGCUAAGUCAACGGUGCAGCUAAAGCAGUGAUGUCAGUCUUUCAUUCCUCUGUUUGUUUAUGCGGAAUGGGAAGAUGCUGCUAGAAGUCUCGUUAGGCCUUUGCUAGUUCCUCUUCUUGUUUGGUUUGUUGUUCCAGCGAGCGUGGAGAGUGGCUCGUACUCCUGCGUUUGUAGCUCCUGUCAGUCUAGAAUAUCUCUUCUCUUCGUUUGAGCUAUCCUCCUGUUGUGAAUCUCUAUCCUUGCGGUGUAUGGAUUCCUCUGUAAGUGCUGCUUCCUAUCUGCCAUUACCUGUAUUCUAUCGAUAGGAAUGGUUGUGGUAUGAGUUAGUGUGCGUAGCUGCCUUGUUUCUGUGUAUGCACAGCAGUUGUUUCUGUGUGAAGCAUGUAUGGAGGUAGUGAGGAACGGCCUGCGAACUACCGUAGCUAAGCGGCACUAGUUCCUGUUGCUUGCAGCUUCAGUAUAAUUCAUAUCCCUUGUUGGUAUGUGAGUAAGUUGUUGCAUGAAUGGUCAGGUAGGUAAGCAUAGCAGUAUUCCUGUUUAUGCAUGUAUCCCUGCGGGUUGUCUUCCCUAUUGAAUGAGGGAAGUGAGCUGGUUAAUCGCAGCUUACUUCUGGAGUGGUCCCUAGGCGGGUGUAGCUAUUGUUGCUUGUAGCUGCUUAGAUCCCUUGAUUUAGGCUUCGAUCCCCACUUUUCAGGCAUCUGCUUCAGGAAAGGCAGUUGACUUGGUCGAAUCCCGAUUACGAUCAAAAGGAAAAUCUUGACUUGCAGUGGAAUAACGGCUUUGCGGAGGAAGACCAUCGAAGGCUGUUGCUGGGAGAGGUCCAUUAGUCCGGGUCGAUUGCUUCCAUCCUCAAUUGCUUCUUUUGAAGGUUACAUGCCUGCUGUUGAAAGCCUGGGACGAGACAGAGUUAGUAGGCUUUGAUCCUGCGGUUGAAGGUGAUAUACCAACAACAUGAGCUAGCAUGGUUUCGAGUGCGAUAACAUGGGAUAUGGAUAUGUUUUCUUCGAUGCCUAGGCAGGCUGGGAUUGGAACUGUUCGUGAUUAGACCUUCUAUAUGACUGAACUUCCCCGCAACAAGAUAGAAAGAAGAGUCUGAUUCGGAGAAAGAUUAAGAUCGUCAGUGAUCUACGGAUAGCUACCGACGUGAGAGGCCUAGAGUGAAGCUCUGGCAGAGUGGCUCCCUUGUUAAGUGUAGGGCCCCUUGGCUUUGGACAACUCACCAAGCCAUAGAGACUAAAGAAAGAGCUAAAUCAGUCCUUGCUGCAACUGAAGGAACGAAAGAAAUCUACUUCCGAACUGAGCGCUAAAGGUACAUACGGAGAGACCUACGAUUUCCAUUCUGUUUAGGCUAUGAAAACCUCCCCGGAUGAAGGAAUGUAAUACAUUGAAGACUUCGAACUGCUUACGUAAUGGAAAAAGGGGCUAGAUGGCUUACGGGAUAUAGGGUUUUGAGGAGUUCCUCUGACUCACUUUUUGACAGAAUCAAGGUCCUAUCAUUUUCUUCUUUUCUGAGUGAAAUCAAAGCAAGACCAUAAAGGGAAGAAGGUUGGUUACCUGCUAUACUAAGAGUAAGCGAGCUAACGAGGCCUAAUCCUGGGUUCACGGCAUUCCAUUCCUACCUAUUCCAUUUCGAGGGGUAGCAGUAGAUCCUGUCGAUUCAAAACCUUGUUCGAACUCUCUUUGGCAUCUCACAAAUGUUUCAAAAUAUAUAGUACAGAUUGGAUCCUGAGCUCAAGCUAAAACUACCUACAAGAGAAUCCAUACUGAAUCUAUUAUCAUAGAUCUUGCUUUCGUCGGAUACGUCUCUUUCUCCCCAAUUUGGAUGGAUCCUCUCAUUCUAAUUCAUCGCUACUAACUAGAAGAAGUUCCUGGACUAAGAAGAGCUCCCCUUUCUAGGGAGAUGUGGACGAAGGCUACUUGAGCUCAUUCUCACAUUUCGGGGUAAGAGGCUAGGCUAGGAAUAGGGUACAGAGGCGUAGGGGGAAUGAAAGAAUUUGCUUAGUCAUAAUAGUGCUUUCAAAGUGAAAGGAGAUAAAGUAAUGAAUUCCUCUGCUUGCAAGCUACCUAUGAUUUUCUUCGUCACCAACCAUUUCCGCUGGCUCAAGCAUAGCAUCUUUUCCCCAAGCCCAUUUCCUCCAGGAUCGGUAGGCCCAUCCACCUCACUAUUAUAUUAUCCAACCUAUCGCUUAUUCAAUUCUAAAGAUCGAUUUCCUGCUUCUGCAAAGGGCGGAAAAGUCUCAUCUGCUCUCUUCGGUUAAGGUGUCCACGAUACGAAUACCUAUUUCCUCUAAAUAUCUAUUUACCUUUCCCAGUCUUUUGUGCUGUAACAGCAGUCGCAUCUGGAAUAUAGAAUCUAGCUCUUAGCUGGUCUAGUCCAACCCCUCUUCUGUCUGAUGACAAUCGGGAAUACCUUGCUAGCGAAGUAAGCAAGAAAAGGGAU